CGCCCUUACUCAGUUUAAUAGAUCGUGCGCUCGGGAGCAGCCUCAUCUUGACCUUUUUACUUUUAAUUUUCCAAUUCCCUCAUCUCCAUUGACAACAAAAUUCUCCCCUCAAUCAAACCCAAAGAAAGAAAGAUCUCCAUGGCGUUGCGAAGCGUAAUCCUCCUCAUUCUAAUCUCGCUCCCCGCUUCAUUUGCUUCAACCGAUGAGAAGCUAUCCGCAUAUCAAGUUCUUCAACAGUACGACUUCCCGAUAGGCAUCCUUCCCGAGGGCGUAAUUGGUUACGAAUUGAACAGAGACACGGGUGAGUUUUCAGCUUAUUUGAACGGAACCUGCAGCUUCCCCAUCGAGUCGUACGAUCUGAGUUACAAGUCCACCAUACAAGGAGUGAUCUCCAGAGGCAGGAUCACGAAAUUGAAUGGUGUCAGCGUUAAGGUUCUCUUCUUCUGGCUUAAUAUCGUUGAACUGAGCCGUCAUGGAGACGAGUUGGAAUUCUCUGUGGGGAUUGCGUCGGCCAGCUUCCCUAUUGACAACUUUUUCGAGUCUCCGCAGUGUGGGUGUGGACUCUACUGUAAUCAGUUGAAUGGUUUCGUGUCUUCUAUUUAGGUCAGUGCUGACUAGAUGAUUAAUAAUUGUCUGUUCCUGUUAGGGAUUAAUGUUUUGGUUUCCAGCCUCUUUGGAAAUCUUCGCUGCUACUAGUAAUACUUUUAGGACCAGUAUAAAUUUGGUCAGUUGGCUAUGCUAUGCAUGAUUUGGAUAAAGGAUAUUCAUGAAAAGGUGGGUGAUGAACUACCUCCUUUAUUGUUGGAAUCAAUUCCUUGUCUUUCUUUUUUCU